CUCAUCCGUUUUGAUUGUGUAGAUGAUUGUCUUGCUCAGUGUGGCAAUGACUGCCGAUCCUACUGCUGUGAUGGGACCACGCCCUACUGUUGCUCCUACUAUGCCUAUAUUGGAAAUAUCCUCUCGGGCACUGCGAUUGCUGGCAUUGUGUUCGGAAUCGUGUUCAUCAUGGGCGUCAUUGCGGGCAUUGCCAUCUGCAUCUGCAUGUGCAUGAAAAGCAACCGCGGGCCCCGGGUGGGCGUCAUCCGAGCCGCACACAUCAACGCCAUCUCCUCCUACUCUGCAGCACCACCCCCCUACAGUCACAACCAAGAGAUGCAGUACUGCGCAGACCUGCCUCCCCCGUACUCCCCGACUCCACAGCGCUCCCCACCCCCUCCUUACCCUGGAAAUGCACGGAAAUAACCCUUCUCCCAGAGCAGAAUAAGUGCCAAUCAAUGAUCCUUCCCAGGAUAAAACGCUUCUAGAAAUGUGGAAGCAGGCAGGAAAGAACUGUUGUAAGGAAUACUUUGGGGGGCAGAUAACAGUCCAAGUGUGCUAUUCCCUUGAAAGGAUGCAGGAUGGCGACCCUGCUCAGAGCUAACCCCAAGUGGAAUAUUAUGGAACUGCAGUGGAAAAUGUCUCCUGAUCCAUGGAAGCACGUUCAGAAAAAGUCAUGAGAUGGAUGGAUGGAAGGCUGGUAGUCACAAUGAGCGCUGGGUGAAGGAAGUUUCAGUGUUUAUCCUAGAAGAGAGAAGACUGAAGCCAAAUUGGGAGGGAGAAUCAUGGCCUGGUCUGUAAAGAAACAGAUUUAUUCUAUGAAGUUUUAAAAGGCAGUAAUUUUUCAUUCAUUCAUCAAUAAAAGUAAAUUGAGUGCCUGAGAGCCUACUAUGUGCCUGGCACUGUUUGAGGCACUGAAUGGAAACUGCCAGAAGCGAACUUUGGUUUUUAUACAGGCAUACCUCGUUUUAACAUACUUUAUUUAGCGUGUGCUCUGCGGGUACUCUGUGUCUUACAAACUCAAGGUUCGCGGCAACCCUGCAUUGAACAGUGCCAUUUUUCCAUCAGCCUGUGCUGGGCUCAUCUCUCUAUUUCAGGAUUUUAUUUCUUACGAUAUUUUGAACUUUUUCAUUAGUAGUCUACUCAUUAGGGUGAUCUUUGAUCAGUGACCUUUGAUGUUACCAUUGUUGUUUUGGGGCCCCAUGAGCCAUAUCCAUAUGACACAAGGACCUUAAUAGAGUGAUGAUUAUUGUGAAAAGAGUAUGUAUGAUGCUCAGGUGAGCUCAGUGGUAGGCCUUUGGCACCAAACAGCCAAAUUGUCUAUACAAAGAAAAGUUCAUUCAUGGAGGAAAUAGAUGGUACUCCCUGAACAUCUGAACAGUACAAAAGAAAAAUAGCUUUCCUGGUGAUAUGGAGAAACUUCUAGUGGUCUGGAGGGAAGCUCAAACCAGCCGCAUAUUCUUAAACCAAAGCCUUACCCCAAGGAAAGUUCUGCCUUUCUUCAGUUCAGUGAUAGCUGAAAAAGCAGCAGAAGCUACAAAAGAAAAAGUGGGGAACUAACACGUUGGUUUGCAGAGUUUAAGGGGAAAAAAGCCAUUUUCAUAGCAUGAAAGUGUAAGAGAAGCAGCAAGUGCUGAUGCAGAGAAGUUGCAGCAAGUUCGACAGAAGAUCAUAUGGUGGAGCUGAAACUGCUCCAUGCUGGAGGAAAAUGCUGGGCAAGAUUUCCACAGGGAGUCAGGUCUUGUUCAAAGCAUCAAAGGAAAAGCUGAGUCUCUAAUUAGGGCUAUUGCAGGUGGUGACUAAGUUGAAGUCAGCUGCCAUUUAUUAUGCCUCAAAUUCUGAAGUCCUUAAGAGUUAUACUAAUUGCACUUUCUGUGACCUAGCAAUGGAACGAGAAAGCCUGUUUACAACAUGGUUUAUUGAGUAAUUUAAACCCACUAUUGAAACUGACCACUCAGGAAAAAUCGUGCCUAUCAAAACUUACUGCUCAUUAACAAUGCACAUCGUUAUGCAAGAGCUUUGCUGGAGACAUACGACAAAAAUCAAGUUGUUUUCAAACCAUAUCUGCUAAUACAAAACUCCUUUCUCUAUUUCAUAUUUCCUAGAUCAAGGGGCAAUUUGUACUUUAAAGGCUUAUUAAAUGAAUAAAUAUCAUGAGGCUGUGAUGCAUCUGAUGAAGCAAGGCAAAGCACACUGCAAACCUUCUGGAAAGGAUUCGCCAUGCUAGGUGACAUCAAGAUGACUCAUGCUUCAUGGAAGGACAUCAAAAUAUCACCAUUGCUAAGUUUGAAAGAAGUGAAUUCCAGCCCUCCUGGGUUAUUUUGACAGUUUAAGAUUUCAGUAGAGAAAGUUACUCCAGGUCUGGAGUAAGUAGAGGAGAACUAGAAGUGGAGCCUGAAGAUGUCAUAGGCCAGGAGUUGCUUGUCACAGACAGGCAAAAUGGUUUCUUGUAGUGGAAUGUACUUUGUUUUGUUUUUUGUUGUUGUUGUUGUUUUGUUUUGGGGUUUUUUGUUUUGUUUUGCUUUGAGUUUUUUU